GGCCCGUCAGUCUCAAAUCGGCCAGACGAGCAUGCUGCGAGGGAAGAGCCAUAGCAUUGCCAGCGGCGUCCGGGAAGAGCCGCGCCGCCAGCCGCCGACGUCACGCACCAAGAGCGUCGUGCUGGUUGACGACCGUAUCUCGGUCGCGUACGACCGGCCGACGCGGUCGUCGGCGGCGCCGCCUGUCAUCCACGAGCGCUCGUCGCUGCUGAGCGCCGCCGAGAAGUCGACCUGCUACCGCUACAUCCAGUCGCGCCAGCAUGCGGCGCUAGACUUUGCCUCCAAGGACGGGUCCGUCGCGCGCGCGCUCGUCAAGAACAAGCUCGGCGUCGACGUCUAUGCGUCGCCAUUGCAUUGGGAGGACGUCCGGGCCACCGUGCGCGUCAACGGGACCGUCAAGGACAUCAUGAAGCUGCUGUGCAGCCCGACCUCGGACGAGUUUCUCGCCAACCAGCGCACCAUCAUGGGCGACCAUGUCGUCGACGCCAAGGUGCUCGACCUCAUUCGCAGCGAGGGCAAUUUCUUCCACUGCGGCCUCAAGUGGAUGGCCGUGAAGGGCAUGAUCGACCACCCGCAGACGUUCGACUUUGUGAGCCUCGACUACACGGAUGUCUCGCGCAUGGACGACGACGCGUGGAUGGGGUACCGGGUCGUCGAGUCCAUUCGCCUCGGCGUCUGCCCGCCCAAGCCAGAGUUUACCCGCGCCUCGGUUCGCUGCGAGGCGUAUCUGGUCAUGGAAACCUCGACGCCGCACGUGGUCGAGGUGACGUACGCAGCACACAUCGACUGGAAAGCACCCGGCACGUCGCGGCCCAAGCUCCAAGCGUUCCACGACCACGUCAUCGACCGGCUCAUCAACAUCCGCACGGCCGCCGAAAACAUGCGCCUCGCCAAGCUCGCCAUCAUUGGCACGGAGAAAUGGGUCCGCGACACGGACCGGACCGAGUGCUCCGUGUGCACGGAUACCUUUCGGCUCAUGCUCCGGCGCCACCACUGCCGCAUGUGCGGCGAAGUCAUUUGCCGCAAGUGCAACACCAAAGUGCACGUCCCGACAGGCCUCAACGACACCAAGACGUGCCGUGUGCGCGUGUGCUUUUACUGCCUCAUGAAGUCGCGCGAAACCGAGACCGACCUCCUUGCACCGCUCAACCCGCGCGAAGCCCGCUUGAACGGCCUCGUCGAAGCCACGUUCUUGUGCCCAGAGAUGGACGACUAGCAGUAGCUUAUUAUAAUAGAUAUACACGCUUGACGC